UUCGCGUUCAGAACGAAUCGAAAGUUUGUUAUUGUUUUGUGAAUGAAAGAUCGGAAUCUUAAUUGUCGGAAUGGUUGUCGUAGAAUUUCAAGUUUCUCCGUUGCGUCGCUAAUUGCAUACUAAUUACUUGGGCAGGUGAUUCCAUAGAAAUUCGCUGACGCCAUAGUGACUUAAGUUAAGAUGACUCAAGACAACAGGUAGUUCAGUUUGGGGUCACAGAGCGCAGCAAUGGCUGGGAAUGUUGUUGGACAUCAGCAGAGCAAAGUCGACGGAGUUGCGGAGGAGAGUUCCAUCUCGGAUGCCUUGGACAUAGCACCGGAGUCUCGAUUCGAGUGCCCCAUCUGCUUGGCAUGGCUGAGAGACCCGGUGGUCACCGCCUGCGGACACAGAUUUUGCAGCAACUGCAUCGACCUUUGGCUCAAAAAAGAAAACGCUUGCUGCCCAGUGGACAAUCUGAAAUUGACCAGAGAUGAUAUAUUCCCAGAUAACUUCACCCGUAGGGAAAUCUCUCAGCAGAGGACCAAAUGCCCGAACAUAGUCAGGGGAUGUCUGCAGGAGUUAUCUCCGCUUGACGUGGAAACGCACUUGCUCAAUUGCGAAUUCAGGAUACCUGAAAGUCAUUUGCCGGAGAGCGAAAAGUUGCACUGCUUGUUUGGCAGCUUCGGGUGUCCACAUAAAUUUGAGGAUGAGCCAGAGUUGCAGAGGCAUUUGGAGAAUGAUACUCAGAACCAUUUCAAGUUAUUUUCGAAUAUUUGCAAGAAUCUAAAAAUUAGUGAAGCCAGUGGUAGCGCUUCCUCUGCUAUAGCGCAACAGGCGAACUUCUGGGAUCCACCAUCGAAGAGCGAGGUCAACAAUCACGAAGGAAGCGUCGAUUCCAUGCAAGGAUUAAUCAAGUAAUUAUUAGGCAACCAAAUGUGCACCAUUCGUAAGCCACUCCUUAAAAAGGGUUUAGUUGAUUGCCACGCCUUAGAUCAGUGGUUUCCUUGAAGUUAGUAUGCCUCCCUCAAAAGUAUGUAAUCAUUUGGCGCUUCCCCUU